AUGCCUGCGGUGCGGGUACUUGGAGAUGUUGGCCCACAUGCUCUGUCUCUGCGGCCCCUAAGCGGCCUCUCGGCAAUUACGCCACAAUGCCUUUUUCGGCUUGAAGCGGCUUCCAGGCUACCCGGGGAAUCGUGGAUUAACACGUGCGUCCUGCGCGUCGGCGAAGAAUUGCGGGCAUUACGUUCUGAUAUUGUUGUGACGCACGAACCGUCCAGGACCAUCGUCGUGAUCGAUGUUACCGUGUCUUUCGAGUAUAAGUUCGAUUCGCUCCAAAGUGCAGGGAUCGAGAAGAUCCACAUAUAUCAGCUGCUUGCGGAGACAUUGAGAAGACGCGGGUAUAUCGUUCACGUUGACGACUUCGUCGUGGGCGUCUGGCACUCUCACAACAACAGUCUGACCUCUUUGCUGCAGUACGCGACUCUGAUGAGUCGACGCAUGUUCUCGGAGACCAUCGCGUGGCCCCGGGACGUACACGUCGAGCACAUCUCGGGCAUUCGGCAAUACCGCGUGAUAGGAUCGAUAGCGCGGGAUGAGGCGUCCCUCGAAAUCACGCAAACGCAUGCUUCCGUUCACGAAAAUCAGCCCGCGACCGACGCGAACAAUUUAAACGUAGACGUCUCCGAGGCCAUGAGAGCGCAGCCACCCUCGAGCCCCUAA